UCGAGAAUUCGGAGGAAAAAAAAACAUUUCUGAAAGGAACUUCGUGCAUGGGCAACAACGAACAUGUGCGCAAGAAGAAUUUCCCAGCAACAAAAGCUGUCUCCUUCAUCGUCCCACUGCUAAUUUCCGCUUUUCCUCAAUCUAGGGUUCUUCUUUUUCGGUCCCCUUUUCCCUGCUUGUGUUUUUCUUCCUCAAUAUCUUGCUUUUCCGUUUCCUCGGCAGAUUCCAAGUGGAAAAUUGGUUGAACUUGGUAAUGCAUCACAAAUAAGGCCAAUGAAAACUACGUGGAAAAUCACCUUACUUUCUAGAUGCUGAUCGAGAUGGAGACAAGAAGGUUUGGCGAGAAAGAAUUCCCAAACGGCGAUUUCUAUUCUGGUGAAUUUAAAGGAGAACUUCCUCACGGGAGGGGAAGUUAUGUGUGGACAGAUGGAACUAUAUACGAGGGUGUUUGGGAAGAAGGAAAAAUUUCUGGGAAAGGAAAACUUACAUGGUCAGCGGGGGCGAAAUAUGAGGGAGAUUUCUCUGGAGGCUACCUUCAUGGUUUCGGCACUUUAACUUCGCCUGAUGGAUCUGUCUAUAGUGGAUCCUGGAGAAUGAAUGUACGGCAUGGGUUAGGAAGGAAGGAAUAUUCUAACUCAGAUAUAUACAAUGGCUCGUGGAAAGAAGGAUUACAAGACGGAAGUGGUAGUUAUUCUUGGAACAAUGGGAAUAGGUACAUAGGAAAUUGGAAAAAGGGUAAAAUGUAUGGAAGAGGGGUCAUGAGGUGGGCAAAUGGUGAUCUUUUUGACGGUUUUUGGGUGAAUGGGUCUAGGCAUGGCUCCGGGGUUUAUAAGUUUGCUGAUGGAGGUCUCUAUUUUGGAACCUGGACACGUGGGCUAAAGGACGGAAAAGGAAUCUUUUAUCCUGCCGGAAGUAAGCAUCCUUCUCUAAAGAAGUGGUGUCAGUCUUUUGGUUAUGAUGACACCGGGAAUUUUCUCCUUUCUCGUAGUUCUUCAAUAAACGUUGAAGAAGUAAGGCAUUCAAAAACUAUCACACGAAGUCUUUCUGAAAACCCCCCUAUAAAUGGAACGAUGAGGAAUUCGCAUAGAAGACUAUCAGAUAGGUUUCUGGAUGAAAAUUGGAGCCUUUGUGAUCCAACUAGAGAUUUUGUAUGUCAUGGCCCCUCAAACAAGUCCAUACAUACUUCUGACUCUGGUCAAAGUGAGGGGCAAGAUAAGAACCGUAUAGUUUACGAGAGGGAGUACAUGCAAGGAGUUUUGAUUAGAGAACGUGUCAUAAGUUCUGAUAACAUGUCACAUAAGGCCAACCCUCCGAGCCAUCAGAAAGAAAUUGGGACUAGCACCUGUAUGGCCUUUUUGGGGGGCAAACAGAGUUAUUAUCUCAUGCUUAAUCUCCAACUUGGUAUCAGGUAUACUGUUGGCAAAAUCACUCCUGUACCUAGGCGGGAAGUCCGUGCUUCUGACUUUGGUGACAGAGCCAGAAUCAGGAUGUUCUUCCCUAGAGAAGGUUCCCAGUUUACACCUCCACACAAAUCUAUUGAUUUCUAUUGGAAGGAUUACUGUCCCAUGGUUUUCAGGAAUUUGAGGGAGAUGUUCAAGUUAGAUGCUGCAGAGUACAUGAUGUCCAUUUGUGGUGAUGAUGGCUUGAGGGAAAUUUCUUCCCCAGGGAAAAGCGGAAGUAUCUUCUAUCUUUCUCACGACGAUAGAUUUGUGAUAAAGACGUUAAAAAAAUCUGAAUUGAAGGUUCUACUCAGGAUGCUGCCUAAGUAUUAUGAUCAUGUAGGGGACCAUGAAAACACACUUAUAACAAAAUUUUUUGGAGUUCACAGAAUAAAACUCAAGUGGGGCAAAAAGGUACGCUUUGUGGUCAUGGGGAAUAUGUUUUGCACAGAAUUGAAGAUUCAUCGUCGUUAUGACCUUAAGGGCUCAACUCAAGGGAGAUUUACAGAUAAGAGCAAAAUCGAAGAAAAGACAACCUUGAAAGAUCUUGAUCUUGCUUAUGAAUUUCAUAUGGACAAGCUUCUAAGGGAGGCCCUCUUCAAGCAAAUUUAUUUGGAUUGCUCGUUCUUGGAAUCUCUGCAAAUCAUUGAUUACAGCCUUCUACUGGGAUUACAUUUUAGGGCUCCCGAGCAGCUCAAUGAUAUCCUGGAGCCUCCUAAUUCAUUGUCGGAUCAAGAUAGCAUUGCUUCAGUGGAUGCGGGUUCGUCUCAAGAACUCUCCAUUCCUCCGAAAGGACUGCUACUAGUUACACAUGAACCUAGUUCAGUGAAUACUGCUCCCGGUCCUCACAUCAGGGGAAGCACACUCCGAGCAUUUUCCGUCGGAGAAAGAGAGGUUGAUCUUAUCUUGCCUGGAACCGCACGGCUGCGAGUACAGCUUGGAGUAAACAUGCCGGCACAAGCUCACCACAAGCUUCUUCAGGACAACGAGGAAACGGCGAGGAUAGAGCUGUUUGAAGUAUACGAUGUGGUAAUAUACAUGGGAAUCAUAGAUAUUCUUCAAGAAUACAACAUGAAGAAGAAAGUGGAACAUACUUGCAAAUCUCUGCAGUAUGAUCCAAUGACCAUAUCCGCCAUUGAACCCGAGCUUUACUCCAAACGCUUCAUUGAUUUCCUCGUGAAGGUAUUCCCGGAAGAAGCUUAGUAGCACAGCACCAUCACCAAAAAACCUUCAAAUCUCUUUUUUUUUUCUUUGGUCAUAAAUGUAAUGAUGGAUUAGCUAGUCUUUUUUUUUUUUUUAAAGUUUAUAGUAACCAUCAAAAAAUAUUUUUAUUUUGGUUAAGUUUCACGUUUAUGAGCCUUCUUGUUCUUCUAGCUUUAACUUAAAAGAGCUGCUGCAACAUUCAUGCUCCUGUACUUGUCUCAACACGUUUCCUUAGACCUUUUUAUA